AUGAAAGUGAUAAAUAAUUUAGUUGAGGAUAAAUUUAAAUAUAUAUAUAUAGGAAUAGAGUAAAAUGAUUGAAAGUUUUUAUAAAUUAAUAAUAAUAUAGUAAUAAGGUUCUAAGAUAAGUUAGGCAAGUAGUGUCAAAUAAUAAACUGAUUAAUACUCUAUUAUUGAAAUAGAAGUGUCCUUCAGAAUAUAGUCCAGGAGUAUCACUAAGAUAGAUUAGUUUAAAGAGAGGUUUAUAAUAUUGCAAGAAUACAUCAAUAGAUUUAUCUAAAUUGACUAAUUUAAUGAAAUAAUAGAAAGUGAAAUAGAUAGGUGAGGGAUAGAAAGAUUAAAUGAAUUAAUUGACAGUAAAAGCAAGAGCAAUAGCAAUGUCUGCAAAAAUACCAUAAGGGCUAAUUCAUAUAAGAAAUGAUUCAGCUUAGGUUAGAAAAGAUAACAAAGAAGGUAGAGGAGUGUUAAGUCGAAAGAUUUCAGAUUUAAAAUAAAUAGUUAAAGGAUUAUUUACAUUUGAAUAUGUGAUAGGGAUAGGAGGAUUUUGGAAAGGUAGUGAAAAGAGUUAAUUAAUAAUAUGCAAUGAAAGAGAUGUCAAAAGCUGUAGUUGAU